AAACCUGUAAUUCAUCAACUUCCGGUGUCACGGAGUGCCUGGGAGACGGAGCAAAAAAGCGGGCAUACCGAAAGCGUUUUUGUUUUCAACAUUUAAAUGGGCAACAUUUGACUCAUAUAGCCAAACAACCGCGGCUUGUGGACCAGUUCCCCCUCUGGACUUUGCAUCUGGCUUGAAAAAUAAUCAUUCAUUCGUGUUUCGUCCUAGCUAACGAGCUCCACACGAGCAGGCCUAUUCUUCUGGACUUUGCUACAAGCUAGUUAGCUAACGUUAGCAGGCUAACCCAUGCGAGCACGUUUUCUUUCUCAAUGAUUCUGUCUGUUACGUUGUAAAUAAAUACCACACAGCUUAUGCGUGUGCUUGGUAACUUGUUUUGGUAGUUGUAUUGUUAAGUAGGCUGCUCGUUAAAGCACAUUUACGUUAGCUACCUCAGCGAGGCGCUUGCUUUUAUAGUGUUGUUCACUUUGUUGCUAGCUUAAGCUAGCCACCGCUAACUGAACAACGCAGUCGCCGAAAGCGCAUCAGCCUUCAACUCACAGAGAUGUCGGACUUCGACGAAUUUGAAAGGCAGCUUUCUGAAAACAAACAAGGUGAUGUAUUCUCAGACUCUUUGACCGCUGAAAGGGACAAAGAGAACCGCCACCACCGCCGGUCUUCCUCUCGUAGCCGAAGCAGAGAGAGGAAAAGGAGGAGCAGAGACAGGGAUAGACGCAGCAGGGACCGCCGUGGGGAAAGUAAGGAGGAGCGCAGACACAGGCGCAGCUCACCAGCCAGCUUCCCUGUGGACAAUGCUGGAAGCCGUUCUCCACACCGCGAGGUGCCGGCAAAGAAGAAGAACAAGGUUAAAAAGUACUGGGAUGUCCCUCCACCGGGUUUUGAACACAUCACUCCCAUGCAGUACAAAGCCAUGCAAGCUGCAGGCCAGAUCCCAGCCACAGCCCUCCUGCCCACCAUGACUCCAGAUGGCCUGGCUGUGACCCCCACCCCGGUGCCUGUAGUGGGCAGCCAGAUGACCCGGCAGGCCCGCCGGCUCUACGUGGGUAACAUCCCAUUUGGAAUCACAGAGGAGUCCAUGAUGGACUUCUUCAAUGCCCAGAUGCGUUUGGGUGGUCUUACUCAGGCCCCUGGAAACCCUGUGCUUGCAGUACAGAUCAACCAGGAUAAGAACUUUGCCUUCCUUGAGUUCCGUUCAGUGGACGAAACUACACAGGCAAUGGCCUUUGAUGGCAUCAUCUUUCAAGGCCAGAGUCUCAAGAUCCGUCGUCCACAUGAUUACCAACCUCUACCCGGCAUGAGCGAGAACCCCAGUGUCUAUGUGCCUGGUACUCAGCCAAUUAAUGGUGUCGUUUCCACAGUUGUUCCUGACUCAGCCCACAAGCUCUUCAUUGGAGGUUUGCCCAACUACUUGAACGAUGACCAGGUGAAGGAGCUCUUGACAUCCUUUGGUCCCCUGAAGGCUUUCAACCUGGUGAAGGACAGUGCUACAGGCUUAUCUAAAGGAUAUGCGUUUUGUGAAUAUGUUGAUGUCAACCUUAAUGACCAGGCUAUUGCUGGGCUGAACGGCAUGCAGCUGGGAGACAAGAAGCUCCUGGUGCAGAGAGCCAGCGUGGGAUCCAAGAACGCCACUCUAACGAGUAUAAAUCAGACCCCAGUGACGCUGCAGGUGCCGGGUAUGAACAGCUCGGUGACUCAGAUGGGGGGCCUGCCCACCGAGGUGCUGUGUCUGAUGAACAUGGUGGCCGCCGAGGAGCUGCUGGAUGAUGACGAGUAUGAGGAGAUCGUGGAGGACGUCAAGGACGAGUGCAGCAAGUACGGUCAGGUCAAGAGCAUCGAGAUCCCCCGACCUGUGGACGGCCUGGAGGUGCCCGGCACCGGCAAGAUCUUUGUGGAGUUCAUGUCCGUUUUUGACUCCCAGAAGGCCAUGCAGGGGCUGACGGGAAGGAAGUUUGCCAACAGGGUGGUGGUGACCAAAUACUGCGAUCCAGAUGCUUAUCACCGCCGAGACUUCUGGUAGAGGAGCCAUGAAGAGAAGAGGGGACGGGGGGGUGGGAGGGGAGGGAACAUGAAUUGCCCAUCUAGAAGUCAGCCCCCUGAUUGAGAGCAACAUUUCAGGUGGAUCUGAGAGUACUUAUCCAAUAUCCAAUUCAUCGUUUGAGAUCUUCAAAAUUGGGAGGGUCUCUAUUCAGUCCAUACCAGAGGGGGCUAGGUUUAGGUGGGUGAGGGAGUCAAAAAGAUUUUUGCAAAAUGUGUGUAAUAAUGGGUCCAGGGAGGGGUCAACGAUUUUUAUACUUUGUGAGGAUGUUAUUUUGGGGUGGGAGGGGGGAGCCACACUCUAAGGUUUGUAUUUAAAUGGAGGUAGCCUGUUUUAAGUACAUUAGGAAGGAGUUGCAGCGGGGAACCAACUGGACUAUUCCGGUGGAGAGAGGGAUGGAGAAAACAGGAGUGUUACUUUGAGUGGGGGAGAUGAGGGCAUUUUAGUUUGACAUCUAAUCUAGAUAUACAGUAGCUGAAACAUCCACUUCUGUUUCCCCACCAUCAUUAGUGAGGCGAGAGAAAACAUUUUAUUUCUAUAUUUGGACUAUAUUUCUUCAUGUUCCUUUAUUUUCAUCAGACUACUGCCCCCUCAGAAUGAUUGGUUGAGAAUAUGUUGUCUAAUUGGACUCUAUCUGAAUGUCAACUGUAAUCGUUUCAAUACUGUGUGUAGCUUCACUGAUAUGAGCUGUAAUAUCACAUUGUGUUCAGGCUGCAGAAUAACACGAGCUGCAGGAAAGUACUUUUUUUCAAUUAUGCCAGUUUUAUUUUUUCCUGUAACUUUUUCACGUCCGUCUUUAGUACACAGCUUUUAACAGAUGAGGUUGCAUUGUCUCAGCGGUUCAGUCCUGAUUUAAUUAAAAGUGGACAAUUGAAGGAAGAUGAGGAUUGACAACAGAUUGGUGUUUAAUAGGGGAUUGAUCUCUUCCUUACCAAAAAGCCUUAAUGUUAUUACAUGUCAAUUUGCUAAAGAAAACUAAUUAGGCUUACCCCUCUUUCAAUGAUGUCUGUGUUUAUAAAUGUCACUAUCUUGUAUCACUCGUUUUCAUUUUUCCUUGUUUGGCAGCAGGUUUACGUUGUAAGAUGUGUCGGACCCGGUUGUUUGUUUGUGCAACGUCUCACCUCUUUGACAAGACCAAAUAAACACGUGUCUAAUACCCACGACUCAUGGAGUGAACGCAAAAACAACCAACUUUUCUUUGUUCCGUCAACUUCCCUCCUGAUGCAUUGGUAGGCAGUGAUAUGGUCCGAACCAAAUAUUGAAACUGAAAUUAAAAGGUCUUGUUUUGGAUGUUUAUGCUCUGUAAAGACUAAUUACAAAAGGAAAGCCUGCAGACAAAUAAUUACUAUUAUACAUCUACAUUUUAAUAAACAAUCAUUUAGCUUUCAUGGCUUUUGUAUGUUACUGUCGUAGAGGGGUUUCUUUCUCUAAAUGUAAGAGGUAGAUUGGAUGUUGAAAACUUGUAUUUGGUCAUAGACUGCUUUUCUCUCAUCUCCCUCAUCUUCUGCCCUAAUUCUCCGAGGACCACAUGUUCACACUGUAAUGGCUGAGACUGCUUUCAUUUAGGUGGUUAAGACGUUACUGAGAAGAAAGUGUGUCAGUGAUAAGACUUAUGUUACUCCUUACUUUCAGAUAUCUUCUUUCUCAGUGUCGCUGUCAUUUAAUUUCUUUUUUUUUCUCUGGAAAAAAAUGUGAUUUCUUAAAUGAUUUCAAAACAUCUAGUUUAUAAAAAUCAAAAACAGUCUUUCAUUUGUCCAAUUUGUUUUCAAAUGUUGAUUAAAAACUGAAUUUACA